GAAGAAAGAAAAAGAUCAAUGACGAUUUCCAUUCACUACUACACGAGAGAGGAAAAACGGCGGAGAAAGGGAUGGAUGUUUUAACGACGGGGUCAUAUCAUAGGUAACUUUGUCCAAAUCGCUAACAUACACACACGUACUCGUACGUGCAUACAUACGUGAAACGCACAGUCAACACGAUAUGGUAAAGUUUGUGGGAAAUGUGAUUGUCGAUGGGCUGGUCUUUCUCUCUCUCUCUCCCUUUCGCCAUCAUCACUUUUAUUUGUUUAUAAGUCUACAGCUUUGUCGUUCGCUCGCUCCACUUGGAUCCAGUUAUGCAUGUUCCUCUCAUUUCCCGGUUUUCCCAUCGGACAGCGAGACGCACACGGCUUCCACUGUGGAAGAGCUCCGCCCGCUCUGUACGAGUAAAAGAGGAUGACGGAGACGCCGGCCGGAAUGUAUGAUGAGUUACAACUCACCUUCACUACGAGUAAUUACUCGAGUCGUAUAUCAUUCAAUGGAAAGCCGCAUAACCGGCGGCGCUACUGUAGGAAGUAAACUGUGUACGAGUGAGUACUGUACAGUACAUAACUUGAUGCCGCACACACCAGUUUUCUUUUCUCCCUUCCUCCUCCUCUUCCAACCCGACCCUUCUCUCCCGUCCCUCCCACCAUUCACGAGUGACAACACCAGGGGUUAUGUCUGGUUACCGCUCAUGCACUCACACACCUACAGUAUGAUACUCGAGUACCAUAUUUCUACACGGGACACGCGCAUAGGGACUCGAGUAUUAUUAUUAUUAUCAUCAUUAUCAUUCCUCCCUCAACUCACUUCACUUUUUCCACGUCCCAACAGGAGCGCCGCUGUACCCGCUGGGAGGGGGGAAAAAAAAACCAAAACCUAUCCAUCACAAGGUGGUGCUAGUGCGGUAAAACGGUACUGUACUCUAAACCCGAACGUGAUGAUUACUGUAUACACGAGCAUUUGUGUGUGCAAUCUUACCGGUUAUGUGUCCCAUGCCCUGGUUCCCCACAACCCCUUGCUUUUUUCUUCUUCUUUACUUCCCCGCGUUUUUGAUUUUGAAGAAACGGGUCGAAAGGGGGACCCGGCAACCCAUGGUAGUGGACCGGUGCUUCAAGGAUUGUUGGUUACUGUACGAGCACCCUUCUGGGGAAGGGAUGAUCAUGAUGGAGAUAUCAUAGUUCAGGUUAGGAAAUGGGGGCGUGAUGAUGAUGGGUGCCAACCCACUCGAGAGUAUCUUCUUGGGGGGCCAAAAUGGAUCCUUGUAUUGCCUCGUGGUGGAGGUUAUCAUACCCUACUCGUAGGGUAUUGUGCCGGACAAGGGGAUUACGGUAGUCUACUUGUGUAUGUAUGAAUUGUUGUACGAGUA